UUUUUUAGACAUUUCUUAACUUCAUACAGUCAAUUACUCGAGAUCUUUUCUCCAAAAAUGUUGCCCCGGUUUGCCAUUACGGCUUUUUGCCAUAACGGCGCGCUACGGUUCUCUUUGACGGCUCGGCAAUCUACCCUAACCUCCUACAUUCCCCUAAAGUGAUGUUGUGUUCAUAAAGUGAUGUUGUGCUGAACGUAGAAGAAGCUAAUUCAAUGGGAGAAGCAAAUUUCGGUUCCCGGCUUUAGCUAAGUUCUUGUUAUCAAAAUACCUAGUAAUAUUUUUAUUUUUUACAGAUUUAUUUUUAAUUUUUAUCUCCUUAUUUUUAAUUCCUUCAGUAUUUAUGUUUAUCCUCCCCACCAUAUUAUUUUCAUUUUCCACAUUUGCCAGUUUCACUUUUCUCUCAUUCUCAAGUGCCACUCCAAGACAAAUACAAGUACCUGGUUCAAUACUCAUUGGGGGCCUAUUUCCAAUACACGAGAGUAGCAGAAAUACUUCUGGUUCUACACUUUGUGGGCGAAUAAAGGCUGAUCAGGGAGUUCAACGGAUGGUGUCUAUGCUAUAUGCAUUAGAGCAAAUCAACAAAAACCAUCGUAUUUUGCCUGGGAUUCAAUUGGGAGCACAAAUUCUAGAUUCAUGUUCUGUGGAAACCCAUGCAUUAGAACAAAGUUUACAAUUUAUCCAGUCUGUAUGUGCAGAAGGAGAACAACAAUAUUUUAAUGAAAAAUUAUCUUUAAUAUCUGAGCAAAGUAAAGGGAGAAAAAUAGCUGCAGUUAUAGGGGCUGCUUCUUCUCAAAUUCCUAUGGUCAGCUAUUCUUCAACGGGCGUUGAAUUAAGUGAAAAGCCUCGUUUUGCCUAUUUCUCUCGUGUUGUGCCCCCAGACAAUUUACAGGCUAAAGCUAUGGCACACUUGGUCGCCGCUCUAGGUUGGAAUUAUGUCCAUGCAAUUGUAGAUACUGGAAGUUAUGGGGAAAGGGGAAUGGAUAGUUUUCGAGCUGCUGCUACAGAUUUGAAUAUUUGUAUAGAUGGAGAUGUUCAUAAAAUAAGUAGAAGAUGGACUGAUGAACAAUACGAAGAAUUACUUUUACGAAUGAGAAAUUCAAAAGCUAGAGGUGUUGUUAUGUUUGUGGAUGAAGAUAAUUUGCGUCGUUUUCUUUCUAAUCUUAAAAGGCUAAUAAUACUUUCAGAAAAGACUAAACCUUAUAUGCCUAGACUUAGAAAUUAUUUUUGGUUCGUAGCAAGUGACAGUUGGGGUGUAAAAGUUUCUGUAGUAAAAGGCUUUGAGCAUAUUAUCAAUGGAGCAAUAACUGUUGCCCCAAAAGUCAGAUAUCUUCAAGGGUUUGCUGAAUAUUUUGCAGCUUUGGGACCUUCAAAUACUUUUCUUAGUGAAUAUUGGCAAUUUAUGAAUUGUUCCGAACAUUUUCAUCCAAAUUUUGGAUCUUGUUUCAAAACCCAAAGUCAUUAUUUUAAACAAGAGGCUUAUGUUCCUUUUGUUUAUGAUGCUGUUCAGUUGGUAGCUAAAGCUUUGCAUAAUUAUAUAAAGGAGGAUUGCGGUUUUGAUAGACAAUGGGAAGAUUGUGAAUUGGCCAAAAAUGGUUUUGAUGGGAAGAGACUACAAAAACUUUAUCGAAAUGUUUCGCUUAUAGAUGGCCAACCACCUCUUAUUGACGCUAAUGGUGACGGAAAUGGACAAUACAGUAUAUUUCAAUUGGACGAAAGAGGACUUUACCGAAGAGUAGGAGGCUGGAUAGAUAACGAACUUAUUGACCUGGAUGUGGCAGAUAUCCGAGCUGGGCUUCAGGUGAAUAUUAAGGAAUUGAACAAUUCGAGGGGGAAAGGCUUGAACUGUAGUUUGAAAAAGAAUAAGAAUCUGGGCAGUUGUAUCCAAUGCCCUCUUGGUGAAGUGCCUAAUGCAGAAUUAAGUAUUUGCGAGCCUAUAAGACCAAUACAUUUGGAUUGGGAUAGCCCUUGGGCUUUUGUUCCUGCUAUUUUUUCUAGUAUAGGUUUGCUAGCUACUUGUGCAGUGACUGCUGUGUUUAUCCGUUACAAUUAUACACCUGUGGUAAUGGCUUCUGGGCGUGAAUUAUGUUAUUGUAUGUUGGCCGGAAUUGCUUUAUGUUAUGGAGUUACUUUUGUUUUGGUCAGUCCUCCAUCAGAAUUGGUAUGUACAUUAACAAGAAUACUUAUCGGUUUAUCAAUGGCAACUGUUUAUGCAGCAAUUCUUGUAAAAACGAAUAGAUUAACACGCGUGUUUAAGCCAAAUAGUGCUUUAAGGCCAAAAUGGAUUGGGCCUACUGCACAAGUAUUCUUUUGCGCAAUUCUUGCAUCAGUACAGCUUGGAAUUGCUUUAGUUUGGAUUUGGUUGGAGCCUCCAGGAACUGCUAUUCAAUAUCCAUCGCGUACUGAAGCUGUUCUAACAUGCAAAGCUACACUUUCACAUUUGCUUAUUUCACUUUUCUAUUGUGGAAUUCUUAUAAUUGCUUGCACAAUUUAUGCAUUUAAAACACGUGAAAUACCUGAAAAUUUUAAUGAAACCCGUCUUAUUGGAUUCACAAUGUAUUCAUCUAGCAUACUUUGGCUAGCAUUUGGACCUAUUUAUUUUGCUACACAAAAUAACUUUCGAAUCCAACUCACUUCACUUUGCAUUACCAUUUCAUUAAGCGGGACAGUUGCUUUAACUUGUUUUUUUGCACCAAAGGUUUAUAUCUGCCUGUUCCAACCUUACAAAAAUGUUAGAACACGAAGUUCUGCUGUAGGGAAAUUAGUGAAUCAGCAAAUGCGUUUUAUUAGGUAUUUUAAAUUUUUUAGUAUUUUAUGUGAGUGA